AAUAAAUCACUGAUUCAAAAAAAAAAUCAAUCAGUUAUCGGAUUCAAACGUUUGACGUGUGUGAAAAAAUAAUGACCGCUCGAAUGCCAUUGUUAUGGUGUAAACGUAGUCCGGGCGUUGUGAAUUGGUGGCGGUGUCUGCUGUUGGUGGUGACGUCUUGUGUGCCACCAGUCACCUUCUAUUACCUGACACAGGACCAGGGUGUUCCGUCGGUGGCUACAAGUCCAACGGUCAAAGAUCGUCUUUUCGGUAAGUCUCACCAAUUGUUACGAUAGAAAUAAUCACUGACAAACGUGCUCUUGCGGCCAUAACUUGGUGUUUACAGUUUCUAUACGUUUACCACAAUCGUACGAAUGGUACUUUUUUUUUACUGUAAAUCACUUACAACUCUGUAUUACUGUUACACAUUUAUUUAUUUUUUAAGUCUACUAUCACAUGUUUACUGUAACUUAAUUGCAAUAACAUUUUCACUGUACAAAAAAUGUUGACUGGUAUACCAGGAUUAGUGUAAAAACUGUAUUGCCCGAUAUGGUAAGUAUAAAAUAUUGAAUGUUUUAUGAUAAAUGUAAAAAUGUUGACUGUUAUACUAUUAAUAGUGUAAUAUCUUCACUCUUAUACUAUUCUUAGCUUAAAUGUUUGACCUGCAUUCUACGAUUAGUGUAACAUUGUUACUGUCAGAUUAUAAGUUUAAAAUUUUGACUUUCAAACUAUAAUUAGAGGAAUAUGCUGACUGUCAGGCUUUUAUUGAAUGUAUUAUGUUUUCCGUCAAAUGAUAUCUCGCUAGUGUUCAGUCAUACUUUCAAUAUUUGUUUCAAUACUAAACAGAAGUUCAAAACAACCUGUCUAAAAAAAAAAUCAAUUAUUUUUCUAGUAUCCAACUCCCUUCAAAAAGAUAAUUUCAGUUGCGAAAUAAUAUUUUAGUGUGAACAACUUUUUUUUUCAUUUAUCGAACCGUAAGACAAAGCGACAAGAUGUCUAUCUUUAUUUGACAAACUUAUCUGUGCUACAACGGGUAGAAAAAGUGUUCUUUCUUAGAACAACAUCAUUUUUUUUAAAUGCAAAUAUUAGCACAGAAAUAUCGUUAUAGCGAAGAUUCUGCGACACUUUCCUUAUACAUAAUGUUACAAUGGUAGGCAAGGAACAAAUCAGUUGGGUUUAUACAGAAGGUAACACUGAUAGUUAAGGAACCAAUCAUUUAGGUUUCUACAGAGGGUUACAAUGAAAGGCAAAGAACCAAUCAGUAGGGUUUAUACACAAGGUUACAAUUAUAGUUAAGGAACCAAUCAGUUAGGUUUCUACAGGGAGUUACAAUGAUAGGCAAAAAACCAAUCAGUUGGGUUUAUACAGAAGGUUACAAAGGUAGUAAAGGAACCAAUCAGUUAGUUUUAUAAAGAAGUUACAAUGGUAUGCUAGGAACCAAUCAGUGUAGGUUUAUACAAAGGUUUACAUUGGUAGGAAAGGAACCAAUCAGUUGGGUUGAUGCAGAAUGUUAGAAUGGUAGGCAAGGAACCAAUCAGGUGUAGUUAUCCACAAAGUUAAAAAUAUAGACAAAAAUUCCACGAAAUUUAACCAAUUCGCCUAAACGUAUGAAACUUUUUAAACAUUUUGUACUGGUGGGUAGGUUUGGAUAAAAGACAAGACGAAGCUCUAAACAAAAAUAGGGUUUUAUUUUGAACUUAUAGUGUAAGGCAAGGAUCAACUUAGGGGAGGGGGGUAAUAGUUCGAAUAAUCAAUCGUUGAAAAAAUCCAUUGUCAUCGACAGAUCGAUAGAUUGAAGUAUCAACGGAUAUGCUAAAAUACAAAUCGGUAAAAUAACACUCCUUUUAUUUCACGCAGUGUAACUUAAAAAGAUCAAGCGAUACAUCAAGUCAGUAUAAAGGUGUGUACAAAAAUGCUAGGCGUCCCGGGGGGGGGGGGGGGACNACUUGAUUUGAACAAUAUUUUUCAAUUCUCAGAACAUGCCCUUUUUUUUUUUUUAGACUUAGGUAUGCCACAUACAUUUCUUUGCUUUUCACGCCCAAAAAGGCACGCCGUGGUUUGCCGACCUCAGUACUAAAGUAUGCUGUAUAACUCUACAGCACUAUCAUCUAUUAGGAAACGAUAUGAUAUCAUUGUGAGUUCAACACUCGAAUACGAAAUUUGUAACGGCGAAUGUAUGUUUAUAUAUGAAACAUAAGAAGAAUUCCUAUUUAUUUACUUUACCCACACACACACACAAAAAAAAAAUCGCUGUCAUUACCUCCCUCCCAUCUCACACACGCACUCGUACACACACACACACACACACACACACACACACGCACAGACACACGCACGCAAUCACGCCGUGGUAGACUUUACACUUUUUACUUUUCAUUUUAUCCUCAGGGUCACUUCGUCGGUACAGUAAAACACAGCCUGGUCCGGACAGAACCGCCGCGCGUGAAGAACUUUUUGAACCUUUUCCUCCAGUCGUGAACCUGUCUCUUUCAUCGACAUCGAAAGCGUCACCUUCAUCGCUUUCAACAAUGACGGCUACAUUUAAAACCACUUCGAAACAGUCAUCCUCAGAUGGUCUUAUUCUCGAUGUGGCCUCUGGCGCUUUCACGUCACCUUUCACGAUCCCAGAGGACAGCCUUGGUGGCGAUGCGACUGUAGAGGUCAAGGUGAAUGUCAGCCGGAGAAAGAAGCUCGUUUUUCGGGAUGCAAACGCCAGGCCCGUGGUGGCCAGGACGAUGGCAUAUUUGUCUCCUUGUUCGAAUAGCACCAAGAACUGUUUCCGCACCGAGUCGCUGAAUCUGAAGAAGUGCAAGUUUAAAAACUGUGCAGUCACGCAUGAAUGGAGGGACGCGGACGUGCUCGUGUUCUAUCCCUUCAAGUGAGUGCAUGGGUGAAUUGACUUCCGGGUGAUAGAUAAUAAAUAGCACCAAAUAAAAGACCUUGACAUAUGACCUUCAUGGAAGUCUGAUCGUUAGGCUAAUUAACACCGUUGUUGAUAACGACGUCAUAAUUUCAUUGUAUUCUAUUCUUUGUGUUGGGGGAGGCUAGAAGGGAUAAUUUGGUAGUAGGACAAUUCAAUUGAAUUUUACCAGUUUUUGAUAAAAUUGUCACACACACUUUCCCUACCCCACAAACCGUACGAAAAUUUCCCACAUGAAGAUUGCGCACACUAAAGACCAAAUAUUCCACACACAGAGAAUUCCCUCACAUAACUAUUCAGUAGCCCAUUCCCCCCCCCCCCUAAACCUAAAUUCAAAUAUUCUACUUCAAAAACAAUUCUAAAAGUACUAGCAGCGUUUCUUGGGCCUCAUCAUGGAUGCGAGCCACAACUUUUUCGUGUGGGGAAUAAUCCAUUAUCCAACAUAUGUAUCGUUAAAACUCUGUAAUAUAACAAGAAAGAAGUGCUCUGAAUAAUGAUGUAUUAAAUAGUAAUAAUAACAUUUCAUAUGUUGUUCUGCAAUAGAUUAUAUAUCAUUUCUUACCCUAAGAACAUUGGUGAAAAAAGGGGGGGGGGUUAAAAAAAAGGCAUAUAUUAUUGCUCCGCAGUCAGAAUUUAACAUUGCCUCUAUACCAUCGUCCAGGAUGACGAGGGAGCACACUGUCCCCAGCUUCACGAGACCGGCAUGGCAGCGAUGGGUCAUGUUUACACCUGAGGCCUCUUGCCGGGCUGGGAAAUUCUGGGUCCUUAACACGUCACAGUUCAUUGGUGAGAUGAUUCCUCUCAUCUGAUAAAGCAAAACUGUCUGCCAAGUUGAAUCGAAUCGCCUAUUGAACAAACUUGACUUCUUGCCUAUUGAACAAACUUGACUUCUUGCCUAUUGAACAAACUUGACUUCUUGCCUAUUGAACAAACUUGACUUCUUGAAUCUCUUGUUUUGCUUCUUUUUUUUUUUUAAAUUUUUUUAUGCAUGGAUCAAAUAAAUAGUGAACAGCAAUGAAAGUGCUCCAAUUUUUUUAAAAAAUAAUGUAACCAAUACUUUCAUCUAAAAUUUGGCAGGUCAGUUCAACUGGAGCCUCACCUACAAUCUAGAUUCAGACAUCCCGAACCCUUACGGGAAACUCAAGCGAGUGAUGCCGGGACCGGACAAGAACUUCGACGCCAUCUACUCCUCCAAACACGUGCAGGCCGCGUGGUUUGUCAGCCAUUGCAGCACCGAAAGUUUAAGAAUGCCGUAUGUCCAUCGCUUGCAGAAGAUAGUCCCCGUGGACAUCUUCGGGAAAUGCGGGAACUACUCGUGUGCCGAGGGUUCUAACUAUCGACAGGGCGACAACCGUCGUUGCUUCCCGUUACUAAGCAGGAAAUACUUUUACUACCUGGCCUUCGAGAAUUCCUUCUGCGUCGAUUACGUCACGGAGAAAUUUUUUAAGCUCUUCACGAACGCUGACGUCAUACCCGUUGUACGUGGCGGGGCCGAUUACAAACGGUAUUUCCCACCCGAUACUUUCAUAGACGCAUCAGACUUCGAUUCGCCUGAGGCCCUGGGCGAAUACUUAAAGGAUCUAUCGCUGGACAAGAAUCGAUACCUGAAGAUGCUGAGAACGAAGAGUCAGUACGAAUACGCGAGCGUUGAAAGCUGGCCGUGUAAGUUGUGCGAGAAGAUGAACAAAGACACUGGCGUCCAGUGGUACCCUGGAAAUAACAUGUGGACCUGGUUUGUUCAAGACCAGUGCAACAAUCCUAAAAAUAUAUAA